CCUUCUUACCUACCUCCUAUGGUGCCUGAGUUCGGGUUUGAUCAUAGUUUGAUAAGAUCGUGUUGGAUCGUUAAGUACUCUCUUGAUAGUCUCAUUCUCGCUUUUUGUCAUUCAUCGUUAUGGCGAUCAAGCAGGUCAUUUGCUCUGGCACCCCCUACGAGAUCGGACAUGCUCAUGGAGUUGCUGGUGCCCCAGAAAUCGAACGGGCUCUCGCGUUUUAUGCAACGCUGUUUAUGAAACAUAGCAAGUUGGACUGGCCACAAGUGCAAGAGCUAGCAAAAGAUUUCGAGGAUUUAAUCAAGACACGAUGGCCACGCUACUAUGAAGAGCUUCAAGGUAUUGCGGAUGGGUCGAAAAGAGAGCUGGUUGACAUUAUUGCUUUGAAUGUGCGCACCGAAAUUGUAUUCGGGCAGUUCAGCGAUGGAUGUACGAGUUUAUACUACCAGGGCGAUGGUCACUCAUAUCAAGGGCAAAACUGGGAUUGGUCCGAACAGCAAGCACAAAAUUUGCUUCGAGUCACCAUCAUCCAAGCCGCGAUACCGACUAUUCAAAUGAUUACCGAGGCAGGUCUAAUCGGUAAAAUCGGACUGAACUCGAAUGGGGUUGGGGUAUGUUUCAAUGCCAUCCGCGCCAAAGGCCUCGACAAAAGUCGGCUACCUGUUCAUUUGGGACUACGGAUGGCGCUGGAGAGCUCGUCUGCAAUGGAAGCGGCAAAUACUCUGGAGCGCAUCGGAAUGGCUAGUCCAGCCCAUAUCCUACUCGGGGACGCAACAACCGCCGUCGGCCUUGAAUUCACCUCGUCAACCUUUGCUCGGAUUCCGAUUAACCGGGAUGGAUAUAUUGCUCAUUCAAACCACUUGCUUCUGUCUCAUGCAAAUGUCUGCGAGCCCGCGUGGUUGGAUGACUCUCCGAUCAGACUGAAAACCAUGGAGCAUAACAUUGCUCAGCUGGGGGCACGUCUGUCGUGGGACACAUAUCGCGCACUUUUCGAGGAUGAGACAGAUUAUCCUUGCUCAAUCAACAGGGCUGCAGAUCCCAAAAGCGAUAAUACUGCGACAUUGUUUAAUAUUGUCAUGGAUCUGGGAGAGAAGUAUGCAGAAGUUAGGAUGGGGCGACCAAUGGCAGGGGAUCAGGGCGGAGAAAGGCUUGUUUUCGCAUUUGCUGAGAAUCGAUCCUUUUAAGGUGACCUUCUUUUGCAUGAAAUCUGACCGCAUAGUCCAGUCUUUGGCGUAGCCUUUGACAAAGUUACUGAGUUAGCUCAGGUGUUAUAGCAAGGUGAUGCAUUACGGAAAGGAUGCCACUAUACAGACCAAGUAAGCCAUGCUAAGAUCAGUUUGGUAAUGAAAGUGCAUACUCUUUUUCUGGAUAUGCUCUCUCAGACGUC